ACCAGGCUGAGACCUGAAUGUCAUGUUUGUCUCCGGCACUGAUUUGGGGACAAUGUGUCACUCCCAGGCUCUUUCCUUAUUCUCACCCAGGCAGAGCGAUUUCCCUGCUGACCGCUGCUGAGUGCUGGGAUCUGCAGGCUAUUUACAGCAGCUGUUCGACUCCUCCUACAACAGACACAGAAAGAACUUUGAAACCAAACACAGAACAGAACUCCAGAGACAGUACAGAGAACUAAACACCGGGUGAAAACACACAAGGUGGAGGGGAGUCACAAUGUAUCUCCAUUGGACACAUUAACACACAAAGUUCCAGGAGGACACAGGCAAAGCCCGAAACACAACAUAUCAAGCACACACUGAAUCCUAGUAGCCUGCCAGACUGCCACCAUGUCCAAGCAGAACCAGAACAUCGAGAUGUGUCGACAGGAGGCCGAAGAGGUGAAAGUAUUGAUGAAAGAUAACGUAGAGAAAGUCAUCGAAAGGGAAGGAAAACUCUCUGAGCUAGAAGAUCGAUCUGAUAAACUACUUGAUAUGGCCUCCAACUUCCAGAAGACUGCCAAGACAGUGGAACGCCACACACGAUGGCAGAAGUGGCGGUGGUAUUUAAUCAGUGGAGGCAUUGUUGUUGUGUUUGUGGUUAUAAUCAUUAUUGUCAUCUUGGUUAUGACGAGUGGUGGGGAGAACAGACCUGCACAAGAGACAACAGAGAAAAAUGACGCCAAUUGAUAAAAUCUCAGCAUUGGACAUUGGAUGAAAUAUCCCAACAUCUCUGCUAGAAGUGGGGAAGCCAGUGACAAGGAAGUAUGUGAGAUGUACUGAGAACUGAACAGUCAUUGUUUGGACAACUACAGAAAAUGUAUUAUCUCCCACAUUUUCUAUAUGGACUUAGUCUGUUUUCUCUUCAUCCUUCUCCCUAUACAUAUGUAUACACUUUGCUUCUUUUACCUUGCAUUAAAGGCUGUGAUUUUCAAGGGGCAGCUUAUAGAUGCUUUUUAUUUUGGUAUUAGAGAGUCUAUUAAAAACAAAAUCUCAAGUUGUACAGUUUCUGCAGUGUAACACAGGGAAAAAAGGGCUUUCAUCACUUUGAGACAAUUGUCUUAUUCAAAAGCUUUAGCUUUAAAUGAGACAGCUGCCUCUCUCUGCAGGUUGAAAAAAGCAGGUAUAACAGUUUUUAUUUUUUUUUAUAUUUUCCUGCAUCUUUUUUCUUAUGCUUGACACAUCAGUGUCUUACCCGUAGGAAUUCUGAAAAAGUGCACUGGGCAUAAUGGACAGAUUUACACAUAUACAGUUUGAAGAUCCCAUCAGUUUGCAAAAUCUUGACAGGGUAAGAGAGUUAGUCUGAUCAUUGUGAUCAUGCAUAGCGGGCUCUGGUGUUGAGUUUCUCUCUCCUGCUGGGGGUGAAUUUUUUUCUUGCUUUAUCUUAGUUUGUAUAAUUGUUUAAAAUUGUCUGCUGGUUUAAAAAAAAAAAAAAAAAAAAGUCAAGUGAUGCAUGUCUUUUUAAAGUCACAUCCAUCCUGCAGGAAUCUGCUUCAGCUAUGCAGAUGUCAAGACAACUGCCAGUUCAGUGGCCCGUUUAAUGCACUGGAAGUUUAUUUCAAAUGAUAAAUUGAUAUAAAGCAUUCUAUGUUGCAAA